CAUCCGUACCCAUCACCCGAAAUGCCACCGCUUCGUCCCUUUCCCCCAAACCCUAAAAUCCCUAAAAACAUCCCAAAUUCCUGCGAGAUUUUAGGUCGACUGAGAGAGAGAGAGAUCGGUCUCCAAGAUGAAGCCAGUAGUGGGAAUGGUGGUAUCGAACAAGAUGCAGAAGUCUGUAGUGGUCGCAGUGGACCGCCUCUUUCACCACAAAACCUACAAUCGAUACGUCAAGAGGACCAGCAAGUUCAUGGCCCACGACGAGACCAACGAGUGCAACAUCGGCGAUCGAGUUCGGCUGGAUCCUUCAAGGCCAUUGAGCAAGCGGAAGAACUGGGUUGUUGCCGAGAUCCUUCGAAAGGCCAAAGUCUACAAUCCACUCUCAUUCACUGCUCCAUCAACCACCGUGGCUGAUGGCAACACCAAAACUGCCACCAUUCCAGCUUCCUGAAGACGCCAUUGAUAUAACUGUAAGCCGUUGGAGUUUGGGAACAAAAUUCUAUUAAUUGCAAAUGUUUGGGUAAUCAUUUUAUAAGGUUAGACUAAAGUUGUGUCAUGAUGAUCCGAAACUGUAUGAUUUCCUCGAAAAGGUUUGUUGUUGGUUAUUUGUGAUGUUAUUUUGACAUCGGAGACAUUGGCCUCAACGAGAUUUAUGGAUUACUGAUUGUUAUUAGUA